AGAAGGCUGUAGUUUCUCCGCAUCACAAGCCAAGGACUAGAGCUCCUCUUCUCACUGGCGGAGGAGAUCCCCGUUUCCUGACUCAACCCGGGACUCUUGGGCUAGCCGUACGGGCCUCUCUCGUGUUGUUGGGUCGGCUCCUUUGACCCUGUCCCCUUCUGCAGGUUUGCGGGGGACCAGGACUGUUGGGCCUACCAUUUUUUUUUUUUCAACCAUUCUUUCCAGGAACCUAUUUCACAGUAACUCCUGGUGGCUUUCUGAGACAAGAUGGAUAUCGGCAUAUUGACCGUACUCCUGCCUGUCAUAUGUACUGUGUUCAUCAUCAUCAGCUGCUUUGUCUGCCCCUGCUGCUUAUGUUAUAAGAUGUGCCGCAGGCCAACGCCGGUGAUAGCCACCACCACCCACACCACAGUGGUCACAAGUGUCCCCCAGCAGUACCCCCAGCAGCCAACCGCAGCACCUGGACCCCCCCAGUCUUAUCAGUGGGGCCAGUACCCGGCUUACCAUCCUGUGCCAAUGCAGACCCACCUUGGACAGCCGUCCGCAGGACCCCCACCAACAUAUCAGGAAGCCAUCGGCCCUGGAUACCCUCCCCACCCGAUGCCUUACAGCCAGGCGGCGUUCAGCCCCGGCCAGCCAGCAUACCCUCUGCAGCCCCCUGCCCUCCAGUACCAGCCCAACGCUCCGCCCGCAAACAGAGACUUCCUGAGCCAGCCUGCAUACAACCCAGAUUAUGUUCCAUCGUCCAUGAGCGGGUAGUGGACCUCAACAAACCUGCGGCAGAUCUGGAAACCUGUACUUUGAAUGAGAAAUUCAUCCCGAUUCAUGUGGUUUGGUGGUUAAAUGUGAGAAUGUUACAACAGUGUAUGUAUCUGUUCUGUUGAGCAGUGAAAAUGUUGACACCUUUGGGCCUGUGUUGCAUGGACUUAAAUAUCCAUAGAUGUGUUGAUAUUGAUAUUUUCACAGUCUUGGUGGCUCCAUUUUAGUCAGCUCGGAAGAUUAAACCUCGAGCCGCCGAGUCCGAUAUUAGAGAUUAAGUGCUUUGUUAUUUUUCAGCCUCAUGACUGAAAACUUGCCUUUUUCUGUCCGCCAGCUAAGACUACCUGACCUCUUAAUGCACCUUCAGUUACUGCAGUGAGACUCUGACGGAGGCCAUAGUUCAGUGUUCAUGUUGUGUAUCACUCACUGGAGGGACUGAAGGAUUCAUGUACUUGUAAAACAAGUAGUGAAGCUCAGAUGGUCGCAAGGUGUCCUUUUAACGCUCUAACAUGUCCAUUCAGAAAAGCAAGUUUUGAAGCCGUGGACAGUUUACUUCACACUUUUUAUUUGUGUCUGUGUGUGUGCGCUCAUGUACAUGAGAGACUUCUUUAUUGCUCAGGUUGUUUUCAUUUGCUCAUCUUCCAUACGGACGCGUGCCUGAACUGAAAUGCACCGCUAGCCUCAGAUUAAUUAACCAAAGGAAAUUCUUUUCCAGCAACCGAACAUUCACAGUCAAAGGAAAAAAAAUAAAAAAUAAAAAAAAAACAGGAAACAAAAGACAGUUAUAAAAUGCAAGAAACAGCCGUGCCUUUUCAGCCGCACUCAUUUUAAGUGUUUAGUGUCACUGUUACCUUCGUCAUAAAGACAUCAUCCAUA